GUCCAGGGCUGGACAGAGGAUGCUCCAGACCUUGUAUGAUUACUUCUGGUGGGAACGGCUAUGGCUGCCUGGGAACCUAACCUGGGCAGAUCUAGAAGAUAAAGAUGGACGUGUCUAUGCCAAAGCUUCAGACCUGUACAUGACACUACCACUGGCCUUGCUCUUCCUCAUCAUUCGAUACUUCUUUGAGCUUUAUGUGGCUACACCACUGGCUUCCCUCCUGAAUGUUAAGGAGAAAACUCGGUUACGAGCGCCUCCCAACCCCACCUUGGAGCAUUUUUACCUAACCAGUGGCAAGCAGCCCAAGCAGAUAGAAGUGGAGCUCUUGUCGCGGCAGAGUGGGCUUUCUGGCCGCCAGGUAGAACGCUGGUUCCGCCGUCGCCGCAACCAGGACCGGCCGAGUCUUCUCAAGAAGUUCCGAGAAGCAAGCUGGAGGUUCACAUUUUACCUGAUUGCCUUCAUUGCUGGCAUGGCCGUCAUUGUGGAUAAACCCUGGUUCUAUGACAUGAGGAAAGUUUGGGAGGGAUACCCCAUACAGAGCAUUAUCCCUUCCCAGUAUUGGUACUACAUGAUUGAGCUUUCCUUCUACUGGUCCCUUCUCUUCAGCGUUGCUUCUGAUGUCAAGCGAAAGGAUUUCAAGGAGCAGAUCAUCCACCACGUGGCCACCAUCGUUCUCGUCAGCUUCUCGUGGGUUGUCAAUUACAUCCGUGCGGGGACUCUCAUUAUGGCUCUCCAUGACUCUUCUGACUACUUGCUGGAGUCAGCCAAGAUGUUCAACUACGCGGGAUGGAAAAACACCUGUAACAACAUCUUCAUCGUCUUUGCUGCUGUUUUCAUCAUCACUCGGCUAGUCAUCCUGCCCUUCUGGAUGCUGUACUGUACCGUGUUGUAUCCGCUGGAGCUCUAUCCUGCCUUCUUUGGCUAUUACUUCUUCAAUGUCAUGAUGACAGUGCUGCAGGCGCUACAUAUCUUCUGGGCCUACCUCAUUUUGCGAAUGGCCCACAAGUUCAUAACUGGAAAGCUGGUAGAAGAUGAACGCAGUGACCGUGAUGAAACAGAGAGCUCAGAGGGGGAAGAGGCUGCAUCUGGGGGAGGAAUAAAAAGUCGGCCCCUAGCCAAUGGCCACCCUAUUCUCAAUAACAACCAUCGUAAGACUGACUGAACUACUGUCCCACCGGUUCCCCACAUCAAUGCAUAAAGCCAAGGAACUAGCCAACUUCCAAAGUAGGGUCUAUUUAAGUUCUGGGGACUAAGGAGAAAGGGAGAGGAGACUUCUCUGCGUCCUCCCUCCUCCUUUUAUCACCCAGUUGCCUUUAAACCAAAUUGUAACCAGCCAAUUCCCAGGUAGAGGAGGCUGGUUAUAUCCUUUGUUAGAGGGGGGGAUGGUCAUAUUUUCCUCUCUAGUCUCCCAAGUUAUUCUUUCUAUUGCUUUUGAGACCUCAGCUCUAGAGGUGGAGGUUAUGAUUCACAUUCCUUACCAAGAAUUGGCUCUAGUUGUUUGCCUUUGACUCCCUGCUUGAAGUCGGGGUUGUGCCUUAUUGCCCCACCUGUGGGCCUCAUUCUGCCAAAGCUGGACCAAGGCUCAUCUUUCUAAGCUCCCAAACUUGGGCCAGAAACCAAAGCUGAGCUGACUUUUAACUUUUUCUCUCCCCACACAUGAAUUGACUGUAGGAGAGCAUAUGUAACCCUUCCCACACCUCUGCCAAAAAGUGGGGCUACACUGGGGACUGUGCAGAUGGUCUUUGUGUUAUUUCUCUGCUAGCUGUUCCUUUAACCAUAGGUCCAAGAUCUUACUGCCUCCUUUCUCUGAUCUCUCUUCUCUUCUUGUUUAGCUGGUUUGGAGUAAAUGACAACUAGUUCUAAUUUUUAUUUAUUAAACAUUUGGGGUUUGUUUUAAAGCUAGAACUACAGCUAGCACCUGGCAUUUCAGCAGAGGGACCAUUUCAGACCAAAAUGUACUGUUAAUGGUUUUUUUUUUAAUUAAAAUAUAUUAAAGAUUAAAUAAAAUAUGGUAACAAGCGUCCGACUAUUAGGAAUUAAGAAAGGGGAGCAACUAAAUAAAGUAAAAGUCUUUCUUAUGCCUUC